CACGACGGCCGUAAAAUCAUAAUUUUUUUACAACAAACAUGGUUUUUUGAUUCCAAUAGUACUCAAGUCUCAUUAGUCGUAGAAACAUGAUUUUGGUACCAAAUUAAACGUGAGAAGUUGUACUAAAAACUGUUGGAACAGAAUUUUGAUAUCUCAAUUUGCUGAUUUUAUAUAAUUUUUUAAAAAUUUCAAAAUUUUAACAAAUUUCAAAUAUAAAUAAAAUCGGUUUGAAAACAAAUUUCAAAAAUUUGUUCCAACAGUUUUUAGUAUAACUUCUCACGUUUAAUUUGAUACAAAAAUCAUGUUUCUACGACUAAUGAGACUUGAGUACUAUUGGAAUCAAAAAACCAUGUUUUACGGUCGAUUUUUUCCUAGUGUGACGGCCUCUUAAUAUUAUCGUGAUAUAUCUCGUCAGAUAUAACCUACGUGAUUCAUUUCAUUUUCUAUCGACAACUACUUCGGUUAAUAUCACCAGGGUAGAUCGUUAUUAAAAAUUACAUCCGUAUAAUUGCGAGUAAUUAAACAUUAUAUCUAUACAUGUUUGUGAAUGUCAAAUAUUGAUUACGAUUUCAUAUUAUAACAAUUCGCGGAGUAGCAAUUUUGUGUAAUUAUUUCUUAUAAUAUUCUCAUGAUUUAUGUAUUCUUACAUCUAUGUCUAAUUGUUUAACAUAUAUAUUUUAUUAUGAAUAAGUAAAAAUCUUUUGUUAAUGAAGAAAACUGAAUUCUCAGUCUUAAAAAUUCAUUACAUGGUCAGUGUCGAACUACCGUUGUGUGUCAUUUUAAUAUAUUAAAUAAUAAUUCGGAAGUGUAAAAUGUGUAUAUUUUGUGUUAAUUAAUCAUAUAGUGUGUUUAAUAUGUAAUAGUUAUUUAUAUAGGGUGUAACGAACGUUACACUAUAAUAAAUCGAUUACCUACCUUCAAUAAUUAAAAUAUAUUAAUUAACGACAAUGGAUUUAUAAGUUGACUACCUUCAAAACGCAUUUCCCAUACGGCAUACGCGCCCUCUAUCGUUAAAUUUUAGCGUGAAAUGAUCGUAAUACGGUGAAUUAUGCGCUACUGGCGGUAGUGUUGUAUUCAUUACAACCUUCAACGAGAGCAAACCAAGCAUUACAAAUAUUAACAGCCAUCUACCAAACUGUAUUGUAUAUUUUAAGUAUAUAAACCAAACGUUUCUAGUUAUUGAUAACCACCUCAUAAUAGUGCUCUAACCCCCAGCUACGGAAAACUUAUCCAUAACGAAUAGAAUACUUUCCCUGGAUAACUAAUAUCGUAAUAAGUAGGGCUAGGGAAUAUCAUAACAUGCAAACUCCUAGAAGUCCCUAGCCCUAGUAAUAAGGUUCCCCGACCACGUUACAAUAGUACAUUACUAACAUUAUUUUUAAUAACAAACAAUAAUUGUAUUGUACGUCAUAAUUCAUAAUAUACUAUAUUGUUUUCUUCAUAAAAUUUUGUUAUUUUAUUUGUGUAUUGUUUUAUAAUAUACAACCUUUUAUUCGACGAUAAAAUUAGUAAGUACGAAGUAGCAAAAUAACUACUAUCUCUUUCCUGGUUUGUAUUCAUUAUUCAUAUCACAAAACUUUCACAUGUCUAUAAACGCCAAGGAAUAAGACAAUUUUUACGGGCCUGACCUAAAUCGUCUUCUAUCAUCAGUGCACGAGCACCAUUCGAACAGACAAGUGCAGGAGCACAUCAUACAUACCCAAGACUCAUACUCAAAAGAUCCUGCGAGAGACAACUGUGCCGUUUCAUUUUUUUUAAACGAAAUUUAAUUAGUGUUCAGUCAUUUAUUUUUUGAGUAUUUAAAUAAUUCUUACUCUCCUUAUUACGUCGACUGCGUUUUCAGACACAUACUGUAAUGAUAUGUUCAAAUUUACAUAUCAUAAAUUUUGUAAAUUCGUUAUUUUCAUUUAAUAAAAUAUAUAACGGUCGAGUUGUCGUACGCAUGUAAUAAAAUCUAAAAUAACCCCAAUAAAUCAUGUCACUGGUGAUUGGAACGAUUCCUAUUAUCUAGUCUCGUACAGGACACUGUACGGGAUUAUAACGGUACAGCGCAACACAUGCAACUUCUUUCAUGUGCCGCCGGAGACGGGGGAUGGUCCGGUCAGGGUCGCUUUCACCAGGGAAAAAGACAAUUUUCUUUGGGGACACCGACACCUUUGAUCGGGCCGCCGAUGACUCUGGCGGGCCUGACCUAAAUCGUCUCCUCUCAUCAGUGCAUGAGCACCCUCCAUAGCCAGAAGUGCACGAGCACAUCCAAAACAUAUAAGUGCAUGAGCACCACCCAGACAGACAAGUGCAGGAGCACAGCAGAAUUACUCGCAACCACUCAAAGGACAUUGCCUACGACAACUUUACUGUUUCUUUUUCAUAUAACGAAAUUUGUCAAAGUGUUUAGUUAUUUCUUUCUUGAGUGCUAAAAAAUUUAAUAAAUUCUAUCCUUGUUACGUCGACUGCAACCAGAGACAUCUGCGGACAAGGUAAGGUGCAUGCGCAUCCACAUUUAAACAAUAAUAGUAUUAUAGAGUUUACUUGAUCGUUCUCGAAGCUCGACCUCGAGAACCCUCCGACCAUCAGGAGGAAGGUGAUUCCGCAAAUUUAGAGUGAUAAAACAUAGGCUAAAAUAAUCGAUAGAUUUCUAAUAACUUACAAAUAUAUUUGAGGCAAUCAUUCAAGGCUUGUGUCCCUUGUGGUUGCCGAUACAAUUUAUUUAAACUACUUCGCUUAAAUCAAAACAUUAUUUUUAAAAAUAAAAAUAUUAAUCACGUAUUAAUAUUUUUACCUUAACUACUAUUCCUAUUUUUAGUUUCUUUAUUUUUGCGUUAUUACAAUACGGAUAAGGUAAGGUGCAUGAGCAUCGAUAUUUAUAUAGUCAUAAUUUUAUACAGGUAUCAUAUUUUGUUUAUUAAUUUAUAAGAAUUUAAUAAAUUAAUAAUUCGCUUAAUAUUUUAUCAACGGUAUACUUCAUCGUUCUCGAAUCACGACCUCGAGAGCCCUCCGACGAUCAGGAGGAAGGUAAUCGCGCAAAUUUAAAAUAAUAAGUCAUAAGUUGAGAUAACUAAAGAAUAACUAAUAACUUAUAAUAACUUAUAAAUAUAUUUGAGGCAUUCAUUCAAGGCUUGUGUCCCUUGUGUUUGCCUUACAAUUUAUUUAGACCACUCAAUCUCCCAUACAUAAAUAAUACAUUUUAAUAAUAUUAUAAUAUAUUAAUAUUGUUAUUAUUAUAACCAUUAUUUCUUUAAUUUUUCUUUUCUUUUAUUUUUGCGUUAUCACAAUAUGCAUAAAUAUACAAAAUAAAAUUUUAUAUUUCAGAUCUACUGACUUUAAUUCAAACUUGUAGCUUACCUAGAAAUGUUUUAGACUAUUAAAAAAAAACAUGCAAAUGCAUAAAAAUCCGGGCCCUAGUUAUUAUAAAUAUACCUAUUAUAAUAAAUUAUUGAUAUAAUCCGACUUACCAAUUUUUUAAUUGAUUACAUUAUCAGCUCCUAUCAUAAAUAUACCUCUUGAUAAUUUUGUUUAGGUGUUAUAUUAUCGAUUUUUCUUAAAUGAUAUUCUCUAAUAUUACAUUUAUGGAGAAUGGUUUCAUCUGAAAUAGAAUUAUUAUUAAUAGAUAUGGUAUGGAUUUUUCUGCAGAAAUCGAAAAUGCUCUUUAUAAUUUCGAUACGUCUGUAGUAAGUGUUGAAGUACUUCAACAAAUUUAUGAAGUGUCGGCGACAAAAGAAGAAUUGGGAUUAAAAGGUCAUGUGGCAUCUCAUCCGGACCAGCCACUUGAUGACCUAGAACAGUUCCUGUUAGAACUCAGUGAAAUACCACAUUUUGGUGAACGCGUAGCGUGCUUAAUAUUUCAAUCAGAUUUCAAUGACGCCUUGGACAACAUAGCAAACAAACUGAAUAACAUGAAAUUUGAUAUUAAUUUAGUGCAUAAAAAUUCAACUUUAGCUAAGGCUUAG